CCCCUGCCUCCCCUCCCCCGCCUCGCCCCACCGGCUUCCCACCACGGCCUCUCUCGGCGAGGAAACUCUGGCCUCCGCUUCCUCCUCCUCCGACUCGGACACCGGCGGAGCCUCCCCGCCCCCGCGGAAGAAACCCCGAGCCUCGGCGGCGGAGGGAGCAGGAGAGCCCGGGGCUUCGGCAGGCAGAGCAGGCCUCUCCCCUCCGUCCUCGUCGUCCUCGUCCUCGUCCUCCUCCUCCUCCUCCUCCGUGGUGGUAGUGGUGGGACUCCCCCCGGCUGCUGCCCCUUCCGCCGCCGGUGCCGUCCCCCACCGAAGUAGCGGCCACAGCCUGGUCAGCGGUAGCAUCAUGCAGGCCAACGGGGCAGGAGGAGGAGGAGGAGGUGGUGGCGGCGGCGGUGGAGGAGGAGGGGGCGGCGGGGGCCAGGGACAGACCCAGGAACUCGCCUGCCUGUCGGCCCAGAACGGGGAGUCUUCCCCCUCAUCGUCGUCGUCGGCGGGGGACCUGGCCCACGCCAAUGGGCUCCUGCCUUCCGCCCCCUCCGCCGCCAGCAACAAUAGCAACAGCCUGAAUGUCAAUAACGGGGUCCCCGGCGGGGCGGCCGCCGCAGCCUCAGCCUCCGUCGCAGCUGCCUCCGCCACCACCGCCGCCUCCUCUUCCUUGGCCACCCCAGAGCUGGGCAGCAGCCUCAAGAAGAAGAAGCGGCUCUCCCAGUCAGACGAGGAUGUCAUUAGGCUAAUAGGACAGCACUUGAAUGGCUUAGGGCUCAACCAGACUGUUGAUCUCCUCAUGCAAGAGUCAGGAUGUCGUUUAGAACAUCCUUCUGCUACCAAAUUCCGAAAUCAUGUCAUGGAAGGAGACUGGGAUAAGGCAGAAAAUGACCUGAAUGAACUAAAGCCUUUAGUGCAUUCUCCUCAUGCUAUUGUGGUAAGAGGCGCACUUGAAAUCUCUCAAACGUUGUUGGGAAUAAUUGUGAGGAUGAAGUUUUUGCUGCUGCAGCAGAAGUACCUAGAAUACCUGGAGGAUGGCAAGGUCCUAGAGGCACUUCAAGUUCUACGCUGUGAAUUGACGCCGCUGAAAUACAAUACAGAGCGCAUUCAUGUUCUUAGUGGGUAUCUGAUGUGUAGCCAUGCGGAAGACCUACGUGCAAAAGCAGAGUGGGAAGGCAAAGGGACAGCUUCCCGAUCCAAAUUGUUGGACAAACUUCAGACCUAUUUACCACCAUCAGUGAUGCUUCCCCCACGGCGUUUACAGACUCUUCUGCGGCAGGCAGUGGAACUACAAAGGGAUCGGUGCCUAUAUCACAAUACCAAACUUGAUAAUAAUCUAGAUUCUGUGUCUCUGCUUAUAGAUCAUGUUUGUAGUAGGAGGCAGUUCCCCUGUUAUACUCAGCAGAUACUUACGGAGCACUGUAAUGAAGUGUGGUUCUGUAAAUUCUCUAACGAUGGCACUAAACUAGCAACAGGAUCGAAAGAUACGACAGUCAUCAUAUGGCAGGUUGAUCCGGAUACACACCUGCUAAAACUGCUUAAAACGUUAGAAGGACAUGCUUAUGGCGUUUCUUAUAUUGCAUGGAGUCCAGAUGACAACUAUCUUGUUGCUUGUGGCCCAGAUGACUGCUCUGAGCUUUGGCUUUGGAAUGUACAAACAGGAGAACUGAGGACAAAAAUGAGCCAGUCUCAUGAAGACAGUUUAACAAGUGUGGCUUGGAAUCCAGAUGGGAAGCGCUUUGUGACUGGAGGUCAGCGUGGGCAGUUCUAUCAGUGUGAUUUAGACGGUAAUCUCCUUGACUCUUGGGAAGGGGUGAGAGUGCAAUGCCUUUGGUGCUUGAGUGACGGGAAGACUGUUCUGGCAUCAGAUACACACCAGCGAAUUCGGGGAUAUAACUUCGAGGACCUUACGGAUAGGAACAUAGUACAAGAAGAUCAUCCUAUUAUGUCUUUUACUAUUUCAAAAAAUGGCCGAUUAGCUUUGUUAAAUGUAGCAACUCAGGGAGUUCAUUUAUGGGACUUGCAAGACAGAGUUUUAGUAAGAAAGUAUCAAGGUGUUACACAAGGGUUUUAUACAAUUCAUUCAUGUUUUGGAGGCCAUAAUGAAGACUUCAUCGCCAGUGGCAGUGAAGAUCACAAGGUUUACAUCUGGCACAAACGUAGUGAACUGCCAAUUGCGGAGCUGACAGGGCAUACACGUACAGUAAACUGUGUGAGCUGGAACCCACAGAUUCCAUCCAUGAUGGCCAGCGCCUCAGAUGAUGGCACUGUUAGAAUAUGGGGACCAGCACCUUUUAUAGACCACCAGAAUAUUGAAGAGGAAUGCAGUAGCAUGGAUAGUUGAUGGCGAAUUUGGAGGAGACGACUUCUGUUUAACUUAAAAUUAGUCGUAUUUUAAUGGCUUGGGAUUUGGUGCAAACAAACAUGAUUGAUAGCUGGACAGACAUGCUCGUCAUGAAAAAAGAACCAUUUCUGAAGCCCGAUUGGGGCCAAACAUUUACACCUUGCUUCAUAGUAACCAGUUGAGAUGAAGCACGUCGUUAGAACGUUUUUGGACACCAUGUUGAAUUAUCCCCCCAUCGGUUGUGAAGAACUGUGCUACAUUCAGGCUUACCCAUUGAACUCAGUAUAUAUAUUUUUUUCCCUCCUGCCUUUUGUCUGGCAGGAUACCAUUCUUGUUGCUCUUCUGUGUAAUGAAGUUUAAAUGCUUGUUUGGAAAACUUUAUUUAACAGUUUAGAAGGCUUGAUAGGAAGAGUGCAUUAGUCUGAAGAGUAUACAUUGGAUAGGAAAGAAUUUCCUUCUUUUGUUUCUCCAAAUCUUUCCGCCUUAUUUAGCUUGAGAUCUUUGCAGCUUGGUUCAUGGAUUCUAGCCUUGCCCGUUGCGCAGUAUAUACUGAUCCAGAUGAUAAACCAGUGAACUAUGUCAAAAGCACUCUCAAUAUUACAUUUGACAAAAAGUUUUGUACUUUUCACAUAGCUUGUUGCCCUGUAAAAGGGUUAACAGCACAAUUUUUUAAAAAUAAAUUAAGAAGUAUUUAUAGGAUUAAAGUGAAUUCAUUUGUAUACAUUUGGAAUCUAAACCAGCUUAAAAACAGUUUCCUGACUUAGAUACGCAGUUUAACUGAUGCUCUUCCGGAAUACCACAUGAGACAUGGUCAGAAACAGUGCUUGGAAUGACAUUACACAGGAAAUUCAGAGUAAUACUUUGAAGGUUUUCCCCCUUUUGUUUUAUUCCUGAAGGAACAUCAGUACCCAACCUUGAAGAAAUUCAAGAUUCAAAAAGAGAAUUUUAAAUAUACCAUAAGAGAUCAGUAGCCAGUUCAUUUUCAGUAAAGCUUAUUCUAAGUUGUUCUCAACUUGGGAAGUCAUUUUGGUGUGAUCUAGCAAGACAGUAGAAAUUGGCAGAUAAAACCACUUUGGAAGUUUAUAGUGUAAUUGAAAUUGUUGGAAGAAUUCAGCAGGUUACAAAAACAUACUUAAACUGGGAUUGAAACCUCAUAGUCAUUUCCUUAAUUGCCCUUAAUAUUUUGACAUAUAGGAUACAUAAAUUUAAAGAAUAUUGCUUCUCAGUCUUUCAGAUAUUGCCAUAUUGAACCUCAUUCUAAACUGGUGCUGUGGGUAGUCUUUCCCUCUCCCCUCCCCUUUUAGUUAAAGGAAAGAUUUCCUUCAUGGAAAAGCACUUUUAAUUUUGAGAAUUUCACACUUAAAAUAAGCCAAACGCCUGAUGUUCACAUUGUGCUUUUAAGCCCCAUAACAGCUGAAUACAACAUAGUCUCCCUUGAAAUUCCCUCCCUUUUUCAGUAGAGGAUAAAUAGGGUGAUCACCGCUGUUAUGUUGGGGAGAGGAGUGGGAAUACCCCCAAAAUAAGGUUCUAGUGAAGAAAAGUCUUGUACUAAGUUCCCCUUUAGGCCUAGCCAAGUCUAUAAUAUUACCAUGAGUAGACUCCUUCAGGAUCCACAAAGAAGAGAAAGGCUUGAAUAUCAAAUUCUUCCAUUGUAGGGUGGGGGGUAGGGGAUGGCAGCAGGGAGAAAGGGGAAAGUCAGGGAAGGGGAGAAGAAAGAAAAACACAUUUGGCCUUAAAACAGCAUGCAUUCUCCCAAAAAGCCCAUAGUAAGAGAAAAUGACAGAUCGUGGUCAGCAGAUUAUUUUAUCAAAUUGGUAUGUAAAAGAUUUCUUUAAGCUCCAUUUUUGCAGAGACCACCACUUAGAGAAUCAAAGAAUUCCUGUUUUGAUACUUCUAAGUUAAAAUAACUAUAUGUUACAAUUUAUCUGGUAUUUCAUUUUUCUUAACUAAAAUUACUUUUUACUUUAAGCUUGAAUAAAAAUCUUCAUUGGUAACUGUAUAUAAUUAAGUGGCAACUUCUCUUUACCUCAGUACAGUUAAAACCAUUCAUAUUUUAAGUGAUUCAUGUAUACCCUGAAGCCAUUAAUACACCCCAGUCUCUACAGUAACAUCACUAACAAAAUGUGGGCAUAGAAACUCCACAGCUGUUUACAAAUUUGGUUACAGUGUGCUAUGGUACAUUUGUAACAUUCACUGAGAUUUGUGCCCAUUCAGGGGCAGUUUGGCACUCAGAUUCUACUAUCUACUUCACCCAGCCACCCCUAGAUCUGAGUUUUCAGUGUGCUUCUGAAGUACAGUUAAAAACACUUUAAAAAAGUGGAGUAAAAGUGAGGCACAUUUUACAAGAACAUAACUCCUAUCAGAAUGGAGUAGCAACUAUGCAAAGGUUUCUGUAGCAGCUAGGCGAGUUUGUUUUCCAGAUCUGUCUUAACUGGCAGCUUCCUCUAUAUACUGGUACUUUGCUGUGCCAAUUUGCUGUAAACGUCUGUUUCAUACAUUUGCCACGCAGUGACUGUGCUAGAAAGGUGAUAUAGAGAAGAAAGCUAGGAUUUUAUGGUAUGACAACAUGAUAGCAGGAUUUUCUAAUCCAUAGGUAUUAACUGAAAACUUCUGAUAGUGCUAUAGACUGUAUAGUAGGCUUAAGAGUGAGAAUACUAGCAAGCCAGCCACAAGAUACUAACAAAUGUAUAAUUUGAAAAGUACCAAUACUUUUUGCACAUAGAUCAAAAUAGAUGGAGAAUUUUGGCUCCAAAAAUCAGGUUAGUAGGCUCAUUUCCAUGUGCUUAAAAAUGUUUUUGUUAUUGUUAUACAUUGAUUAAGGGCUAGAGCAAGUAUGAAAUUAAAUGUCUUUUUCCUCCAAA